GAAUAUGCCUAAAAAAAUCCUGGCAAACGUGAGCACUCCGGUCACGGUUGACUCGGUGUUGGUCACAAUCACCAGCACAACAACCACGACGACAACCGCGAACACGACGGCAGUGACGACGAGCCCAUCCACGACGGUGAUCACCGCCACCGCGGUAGAGGAUCCCUGCGCGAAGCUGAAAUCGAUCGAAACGUUGCGCAACAUCCAGCGCUUCUGGCCGAACGUGAUGCGUGACAUCCGACUGGUCGAGAACAUCGAAACCGGCAACCAACCGUUGCCACUGGCGCGGAUCAAGAAGAUAAUGAAGCUGGAUGAGAACGUGCGCAUGAUCGCAUCCGACGCACCUCUGCUGUUCGCAAAAGCGAUCGAGAUCUUCAUCCAGGAGCUGACGCUUCGGGCUUGGUUGCACACCGAACACAACAAGCGCAGGACGCUGCAGAGGAGUGACAUCGCGAUGGCCAUCACGCAGUACGAUCAGUUCGACUUCCUGAUCGACAUCGUGCCUAGGAACGAUCUGAAGCUGUACAAGGCAGAGGUGGAUGAUAAGUCCCCUGAGGGUGCAGGUAGCGGGUCGACACCGAACGUCACCGAUGACGUCCAGUACUUUCUGCAACUGGCGCAACAACACCAGCUGACGUUACCACAUCCGCCCAAAGCGAUCACAAACGGUGGAACGACGGUGUUGGAUCUCGCGACCGUUAUUGGAGCUGCCAGCAUUGGCUCGACACCGGUGACGGUGACGUUACCGUGCAAGCAGCAGAAGCCAGGUUCAACUGGGGACUCCACAGGCACCACGCAAGGAAACGUGCUGCAGCAGCAGAUGGGUGGUGUUCAGAUCAGUGGGAAUAGUAAGAAGAUAUCGCUCACUCUCGCGACACAGGCUGCACUCCAGACGGCGUCAGGACAGAGCAUCAUCCUAUCGAAUGGGAGUACAUCGGCAGGGGCGAUAACCAACGGGGCGACUACUGGCAUUCCGUCCGCAAGUGCUGGGCAGCUGGUUUCCACGGGUCAACCACUGCAACUGCUGCAGCACAUCGUCACGCCGACGGGAGAAAUCACGCAAAUACCGCUCAACUUCAUUCGGACAACCGGGUCCACUGGGACGGCAAACGCCAGCCAACCGAUCCUGAUCCAAGCAGCACCGAUGCAAACUGGUCCCACGAUAAUACACACAACCCCGACCAGUGUUUUCCUUAGCGCCAAUCAACUGCAGCAGCUUCAGCAGAGUCAACAGCAGCAUCAGCAACAGUCCCAUCAACAGAAACAGUCACACCAUCAACAACAGCAGCUGCAAAACAACCCGCAGCAGCAACGGCAUUAACAGGCGUUACAGGUGAUACAGCAGAUAGGAGAUUCGUACUAGGUCGCCGUAAGGACGCGCCUGCUCGGGAUUGUUGUUGAUUUUUAUUGAUACAU